AUGCGGCGAUGGCUUAAUAUCGCGUCCAACGUAUUCCCUCUGCUUCGAUACCGGCAGGUCUUAGGCAUAAAGCCCCCACCGCCCUUGCAUCUUAGUCGGGAAGGCAUUUGGCGAAAAACAGAAGGCCUAACUUCUCGUACGGAUGGAAAGGGAGAAAUUACCCCUGCGGACGAUUUACCACCAUGGCCUGUGGACGAAAUUGAGUUCAACACACGCGCACCAAUGGGCGGCCACGAUAUUCGCCGGGCUCACGAGCAGCAAGCAGCGGUUCUAACAGGCAUCGACGAAGACUCCGGUAACCUGCCAUCAGUUUCCUCUACUACGCACCUUUCUUGUCUCCAGCCCCAGCGGUUGACUGAAGAGCAGAAAUCUGAAGUUCGUCGCGUAGAGUCAACAACCGAAGAAGGUGCUGGUGCUCUUGAAGCGGGUGGUUGGGUAUGUGGUUCGUGUUUGCAUUGUAUGCCAUAUCGCUCUCGAUCUGUUUGUGACUCUUGUCACACCGUGCGUCAUGACGCGGCGACGGCGGUGGCUCGCUGGCGCGGCAAUCCCACUACAUGGUUCUGUAGUCGUUGUCACGAGUUCAACUUCGAAAGGGAUGCGGUGUGUCGCUGCUGUAAUCUAGCACGGGAGGCGCAGACAGAACUUCACGUUGCCCAGCAUGAACGCGUAGCGGACGAGAUACAGCGUUCCCCUGUGGGCUCCGUAAUUGUAACACGUAACCGAGUUGCUCGGUGGCGGUGCUUUGUAUGUAGCGAGUCAAAUGCCCUUCAGUCGUCUAUUUGCAGGAACUGCGAGACUGGUCGCUUUGACCUCUCUGUGUCCUGCUGGAAUUGUGGAGGGCAACAGAAACUGAGCAACUCCCAGUUGUACGGCUCCGAACCUGCAGACCGCAUCCAUGUUGCGCGUCCCUUCGGUUUGCACAACUGUUUCCCCCGACUCGCUCCGGAACAACGCUGCAAUCGUUGCAGAGUUCCGCUGCAUGGUGCAACUGCAUCUACUCGCAGCGAUGCGUGGCUGUGCGGGUGUGGUGUUGUAUGCAACGCCUCACUGGUGUCAUGUACUCGAUGUCGCAUCCCUCGUCGAUUCGCUCAUCAGUCGACGUUGGAAGAACUUGUGCGGGUCUGGGACUUUGCUAGUGCGACGAAUUGGUUCUGUGAGUCAUGCAAUCAUGUCAAUAAAUCCUCGCGACACGUUGUAGCUCUGGAUCGCAGCUGCAAAAAUAAUAGCAAGAGCUGCCCCAAUGGCGGUACCAACCUGGGGACCAGUGGGAGUUUCACUGACGCCUCCGUUGCGAAGGACGCAAGUGUAAAAUUUGCUCGUAUUUCACAUGGAACGGCCAAGUGCGAACGCUGCGGGCAGAAGUGGCACCACCAGCCGGUUAAUGACGGACAGUACUGGCGAUGUGCCUGCCACAAGGUGAAUAAACGUGAGGACACGCGCUGCCAAGUGUGCUUUCUUCCCGCAGCCGAUGGCAUCCGCUCGGACGUUCUCUCCUUUUGGUCACGAGGCGAUUGGUAUUGUUUCAAUUGCCAGCGGCAAAACUAUCGGGAAAAGGUGGUCUGCGCAUGUGGGGAGGAACGGCCAGUGGACAGUCGGGUGGAUAACAAAGUGGCACCAGCGAAAUGA